UCAUGGGAGCCGGGCGAGCGGUGGGGCUGCUGCUGGCUGUGCUCCUGACGAUGCCUAGAGCCCGAGCGAACUGUGGGGAGGGAGAGUACUCCCAUCAAGAUCUCUGCUGUGUGUUUUGUGAAGCAGGUACCUUUGUUGCUGAUCACUGCAGUGCUUCGCAUUUGAAAGGAAGAUGUGAACCUUGCAAGGAAGGAAAAGGCUUUACUGCCCAUGAGAACGGCUUAGAGGAAUGCUUGCCUUGCAAAAAGUGCAAAGAGGAUCAGAUAACUCUGAGACCCUGUAAUCUGACACAGGAUGCUGAAUGUCAGUGCAAACAAGGGUAUUUCUGUGAUGAUGAGGACUGUGAAAUGUGUCAGAGAAGCAGUCAAAAGCAUCCGGAUGGGAAAGAAAUUGUGCUGAAUUCCACUGAUACUACAGAACUAGGCUUAACCAAUCAAGGGAAUGAAGCUCAUGUUUGGGUUAUUCCAGUGCUUCUGUUUAGUUUGUUUUUGCUAGUAGUUGGUGUUGUUGUUGUUGCUGUUAAAAAGCUGAAGUGUGAUAAAGCUGUCUCAACUGUUGAAGAUGUAGAGGGACAUCUGGUACAAGAACCAAUUGUUGAAGAUCUCUCUCAGCAUGAACGGAGAGAGACCUUUGAUGUCUUUACAAAGGAAGAGCCACCACAACAGUGGAAGCAGCUUAUGAGAACUCUUCUACAGAAAAAUGAUAUUGAUAAAAUUAUUUCUAAAUUUACUAAUGAUAGAGAAGAACAAUAACAUCAGAUGCUUCUCAUCUGGAAAAACAGACUGGGAAAGAAACACUGUAUUAUUAAUUUACUGGAUGCAUUGAUGCAUAUAGAUACCAAGACUUGUUACAGUGUAUCAAACCCUUUAAAAAGUAAUAACAUUAUAAGUAAAGUAGAAGCUGAAGAUGAAUGUUUAUGAGGAACUGCAGAAAUGUUCCUGCAUACAUAUGUGUGUCUUCAGACUUUCUUUAAAUGAGGGUGUCAGAAACUGCUAGUAGAAACGGAGUUGACAGCCUCCUCACCUCAUGGAGAGAGCUGGAAGGGAUGUAAUAGCUAUGUUGUUUUCAUGUUUACAUGACCUUCCUACCUCUGAGUCAUAAAAUAUUAAACACAGGUGCUGGACGCCCACUUCGGAGCCAGGAGCUCGGGCAUCCCUUAGUUUGUGAAGUGCUGUCCCAGCCUGGGGACGGGGACUGCUGUUCUUCUGUACUGUGAUGCUUUAGUUUCCGAAACCAAUUUGUUUUGUAUCGGACCGCUCAGCACCGCUAUGUUUGAAGCACAGCAA